AUGGAGAAUCCACAAACACACCUUGAAAAUGACUGCGAAGUUCAACAGUCAACACAAUUACCCCGUACUGUGACGAAUGAGGAACUACCUGAAGAAGUUACAGGGGAUAGCGCACUGCAUCUCUCGGACUUGAAAAAUGGCGAAUCUAUACCAGGAAUAUCAGUGGCACUCAAAGGCGGUGAAAAACAUCUCAUGAGUCUAGCCUCUAUCGAAACACAACCACCACCAAAUUAUACACAGUUUGGUUCUAUGUAUGCCAGGUCAGAUGUCAGCUAUGAUCAGGAUAAAAAAGGAAAUGGAUACAAUGCAUACUAUGCAAACUACUACCCUAUGGAUUCAUCGUGGUCUUAUAAAAAUCCACAAAUUAUAGAUAACCCAGAUGCACUAUCAGCUCAAAUGCCAUUGGAAGCACAAGCGUCUCUAUUCAGCAGUUGCGCAAGUAGCUCUACGACGAAAUUGGAAAAUGAACCCAUACAAUUGAACGGAAACCAAUUGUUAGCGGAAUUGCAAAAUGCAGAAGGUGGAGUUCCGCAACAAACUGCAAGAACUGAAUCAUACCAAAAAGUAGUGGCUCGUAACCCCGUUAUCCUAGUUGAUAAGGUAGAAAGAUCACUCAUUGUUCAAUGGUAUGAAAACAGUAUUCGCAGAGAACAACGCAUCUCAUACAAAAAGUAUGGUAAUGCAAAGGCACAACAAAGAGCUGAAACAUUAAUAUCAAAACUUCUUAACGGAUCAACAUUCGAACAGUUGUACCCAGAAAAAGGCCCACCCAUUCUUACCAUUUUCGAAAAUGUCGGCAACUAUGGUGUAUCGUUGACGAGGGAUAGAGUAAUGCGCGAAUGGCGUGUUGAUUGGACUAAUAGCGGCGGUGUUAAGAUGCGGGCACGAUGGUCAUGCAAAAAAGUUGGGAAUGAUGAGGCUAAGAAACGUGCAGAGACAUUCGCUAACAGCCUUAUACAAGGAACUUUCAAUCCCAGACUUUUGCACAAGGCCACGGGGACACGACUCUCACGCAAUGACAUGAAAUACAACGCCGUGCUAAACGAAGAAGAUUUCGCGAAACAAGAUCUAGCUAUUGGGCAACAAAGUGCUCGUAAAUCAGAACAAAAGGAUGGACCAGCGAGAAAGAGACGUAACACAGGUGGAGAUCCACAGCGUAAAAAAGGUACACGUAAUACUGGUAAAGCAAAACGAGCACCAGUUGAUUUCUUUAAUCAACACAAAACAGGGUCUAAUGGGUUCCUCCAUCUAUCUGCAGAUGCAUCGUUCCCCGGAUUCUAUCCUAUGUUCCCUGGUGAGCAUGACGGCAAAGUUUCCAUGCAUAGCGGCUCGUUCGAGAACCUACCACCUCAUGGAGAUGCCCUGAUUGCGCAGAAUUGGCAAAAUUACGGACCGACACAGAAGAUGGAUUAUCCUGCAUCGACUGAAUGGAACUUUCCUGAUGCACAGGGCGAUUUCAAUAACUAUAAUCAUCUUUUCGGUAUGGUACCACCAGAAAAUAUGGCUAAUGUCGACUGGAUGAACAUGAAUUGUAUGGAAAAUUAUGGCAACCCAGUGUUGGACGGUCCCAUGAGCGUUCGUGAGUUAGGAGACGAUGCACCAGGCUCCGCUGAAUCACAAAGCGCAAACACCGGCUAUAUGCCAUAUUACCAUCUAUUCCCACCAGCGCCAUCGGCUUGUUUCCAAGAUUCAAUGUGCUCACAGGGUCAGAUGAGCCUCAACAACACUGUGAACGAGGGUGAAGUUUUCUCAGAAUCAUGCAAUUCUGCAGAGGCACUAUCAUUUUCAGCACCUUCAUUCAAAGAAACAGAUGCGAAACUAUCUGCACGCAGUGCUAGGCUACAGCAAGGCGUCCCAUCAUUGGAACUUGAAGGUACAGCAGCACCACCAUGUGAUGCCCCCAACCCUCUUGGCGCAAAGCCAGAAGAGCAGGGUAAUGAGAAUCCAAUGAUGGGAUCCUAUGACCAUGAAAACGCUAUGAACAACAUGGCGGUGUCAUGGCCGGGUUUUGAGGGUGUACCAGGUUGUGAUUUCAGGAUGAACUCAUUGAGCGGUAGCCAGGAUUAUCACCAAGCAUCAAUGCCUGAGAUGUACGUACCAGAAAGUUUCCCUCCAAACCCUGUGCUGGACCCUAAGCAGCUGGACGGUGAAGUUGCGAAACAUUACGAUAGUAAGCAAAUGACCCAGGAUCUGCAAGAUUUCUAUAACGCACUGAAUAUGGACGUUCAGGGCGGAAUGCACCCACAAAACCCUAAUGUUAUGGGUAACAUGGGACACGUUUUCUACUAA